AUGGAGUCUGAAGAUAACACCAAAGACGUGCAGGGGGCUUCCAGCGUGAUGCGAAUUACCCCGACUGGAGAAGAAGCGGAGCUCACCAUACCCGUCAACCCCAAAGUGGCAAAGAAGAAGGAGCUGACUGAAAGGUCCAACAAUGGUUUCGCAGAGGCCAAGACAGUCUCUCGUGUUGGCCUCGGUAGCCCUUUCCCUACGCCCAAGUCCGGCGAGACCGAAAAGAAGCUGAAACCGAAAGCGAUUCGGCACUCCCGGGAUAAAUUUGAGAAGCUACCAUUCGACUUCCCUGAUGAGAAGGCCGAACUCACCGAUGAUCAGAUCAGAGUUCUUAUAAUGCAGGCUCCCUGCAUUCGCAAGAGAUACUACAAGUAUUUCACCUCCCAAGGACGUAUAAAGCAGCCAUACUAUCAUGUCAUUUUCACAAAGAAGCCCGAUGGAGAACUGUUGCAUGAAGACUGGGUGAUGAAUUCAAAUCUUCUCUCUCGCUGGGAGAAUGUGAUGCAGUGCUAUGAGUACAAUAAAGCGCGCGAAUCAUCCGGAAAACCGUCCGGGAAGAGACAGAGCAAGCCCAACAAGAAGAACGAAGCAGGCGGAGAAGGAGCUGGUCCGAAAAAUGACAACGAAUUCCAUGAGCAGCCAUCAAUGAAAAGCGCUUCAUUCAAAAAAGCAGGACGUCCGGCAGAACGUCUUUGCACACCUGCUUCAGAGGAAUUCUUCGAAACUCUGCCUAAUGCUUCCAAUAUUAUUGCUGAUACCGAUGAAGCAGCUACGAUUGCCAAUCCUUUCGCUGAGGAUGCCGUAGCCCGACAGGCUAAGCCUGGCGCCUCUGGUCCAUCAUAUCGCAGCAGGAGUCGCCUGGGUCUUGAGAGACUCCCUCAUAGUGCCGCACGCAUAGAAAAAUAUGAUGACAUGUUCCUGCGCCCAGAGAGACGUCGCUCCCGCAGCCCUCAUGAUAGCUCCACAGUCCAGAACAAGCGCGAGGCCAAGCUGUACGACUCAAUCAAUCCAAGUCAUUCCAUGCACCGAUAUCUCGACAAUGAGACCCUGCAGUCCAUCCGGAAGUAUGAGAUGGGUGAUCUUGAGCUUAUGAACCUGGGUGACCUCUCGGCGUUUGUCAAGAGAAUGGAUCGCGAUAUCAACAAACUGCAGGCCUCUCUGAUGCAAUCAUCCGAGAUUUUCGAAAGCUGGCAGAUCAAGAAGAAAGUCAAUGAGUUUAGGACUUCAUUGCUGGCGCUUCAAGUGGCUUGUCUCAAGCUACAAGAACAAUUGGAAGCUGAUGAUAUGGGAGAACAGUAA